UGGUGACAGAUGUCAUUUGAAAAGCUGCAAAAACUGCUAGAUUUGCCCUUUUUUCCCCCAAUCUGGUUGCUCUUGUACAACAGUUUGAACGUUGUUUCAAGUGAAGGUUCACUUGAAAUUUGGUUUGGUAAUCCGCCACGACGAGGACGACGACAAUGUGCUCCGGGGGGCUUGCCAAGUGUCUGGGGAUCACGCUGCUACCCCUGGCAAUUGUGUGUGUGCUGUGCAACAUCCUUCUCUUCUUCCCUGGUGGAAAGAUUGUAGAAAGGGAGCACAUCACUGAAGAGGUAUGGUACUUUGGAGGAAUUUUUGGCUCCGGCAUUUUGAUGAUUUUCCCAGCCCUGGUCUUCCUCGGUCUGAAGAACAAGGACUGCUGCGGUUGCUGUGGCAAUGAAAGUUGCGGGAGGAGGUUUGCGAUGUUGAGUUCCAUCCUGUUUGCGGCCGUCGGUGUCGUAGGAGCCGCUUACUCGGUCAUCGUUUCGGCCGUGGCCGUAAACCGCGGACCCCAAUGUCUGGCUCUACUCAACAGCACGCGAGCGUGGACGUAUCCCUUCAGCGACGGUGAUUAUCUGAGCAACUCAAGCAUGUGGUCAACCUGUUUGGAGCCAGUUGGUGUGGUGUCAUGGCAUCUGUGGCUGUUCUGUGUUCUGCUGCUCAUGGCUUUAAUCCAGAUGGCCCUGUGUGCCGUGCAGGUGAUAAACGGGCUUGGAGCCCUGUGCGGGGACUGCUGUGGAUGCUGUGCUGGGGUAAAUCCCUUGUAAUAUAGUACACUGGAG